AUGGGCAGCACAGGACCGGUGGAGAUUCCUGCCGUAAGAAAGAAAAGUGCUGAAUUGUACCUGCAUGACUACGAUCUUGAUGACGAUCUUUCGAUUGCUUCACCUCCCGUCAGCAAGCCUAUCGUCGACGUCGAAGACCCCGUCGAUGCCCUCAGUGCAAACAGAGAGCAAACUAGGCUGGUGGCUGCUGGUUGUCGUGGGGUGCUAAAAGUUUUCAAGAUGGACGAUCAAGGCUUAGAGCAAGUAGCCGAUCUUAGAUCUGCACGAAGUCGUCGGUUGAACUUGCUAUAUUCUCCUAGCAAUGUGGCAUGGAGUAAACUCAAAGAUCAACUGGUAGCAACCACAUCUAACAACGGAGCUGUUGUCUUGUGGGAUAUGCAUUACAAGGCACAUCAAAGAUCGGCCACUGUUGUUCAUUUCCAUCGUUCUAAUGAUAACUUACUUGUUAGUGGUUCUCGAGAUGCUGCUGUAUUCCUAUAUGACCUUCGUGAACAGGAUCCUGUAAAGAAGUUUGGGUCGGUGUAUUAUUAUCGGAACCUGUUUUGUUGUUCUAUAAGAGCAUGCAUUUACAGACCGCUGAUACAAUUUCCUGCUCACCAAGGCUAUGCGGCAAGUAUUGCACUCAAUCCAAGAGAACGCCAUUUGAUCGCAUCUGGUGGUGGCAGAGACAAGUUCAUUAAGGUAAUUCAAUCUCGUCUACUGCUAUUUUCAUUUCUUAGUUUGCGUGUUCUUCAUAUUCUUCUUGUAAACGAUAUGAGCGUCCAUAUAUGGGAUAUACGGCGGCCGUUCCUACCGUUUGCUAGCUUCGAAGAUCAUAGUGACAGUGUCACUGAUAUGUGGUGGAGCAUUCAAGAUCCAGAACGAAUUGUUUCAUGUGGAAAGGAUGGUCUGUUGGUGCUCCAUCGCAUGGAACAAAAACAGUCUCCGUUAUCGUACGCUUGUGAUAUGGCCCUAGACGUUGCACCUGAUGGUCUGGUUGGAGUUGCAGGUGAGAUACUGGAAUUUUUCACUGUUUUCCAGCGUUUCUGCGGAGGGAGAUCAAUUUCACAACCGUAUGAUCCCUUCCGCACACCAGUACGUAGUCAGCUUUCAUGUGGUUUACCGGAUAAUGCCAUGAACACUCUGCAACCGUCUGCCUUUUAUAAGUUGGCGGAAAAUUAUCUGGCUGGAGGCCACCCGCUUCGCACCUUGUGCAAUCACAACGCCAAUUUGGCUAUGCAUUUGGGACAGUCUAGUGUCGCUCAAACUUGGCGUUUAGUGGGAGCACUUCUUGAGCAGACUGGAUUACAGAAGGUUUGUAGUUUCCCCAAAUGGUCCUCCUUGUACGUAUAUAUUUUAGAAAAUCCACAUUACAACGAUUUUACUGGACUGAAAGAUGAGGCGUUUGCGUUGAAACCGGAUCUAACGAAAUCGAUGUUCAUGUCUAUGACCAAGAAGGAACAUAUUGCUCGCAUGAACUGGAAUCCAAUGCAAGAAGUUGCCAGGCUGCUUCGUUAUCAUGCUGAUCAGGGAGAUGUGCAGACGUGUGCAACCUUAGCUCUUGUAUGUGGACGACGGUUGUCAGAUGUUAUUGACGACUUCACGGUUGAAUCGAAUGACUUCAGCGAAUUCACAACGUGUCGUAUAAUUGGUUUCUGUUUUGAGGGUACUCAUUUUCGUCUUUCUCACCGCGGUUGCACUGGGCAAACGUUGAAAUGUCGUUGCGUUAAAUGCUACGCGGUUUGCGGUGGAACGUGUUCAGUAUGGUGA